AUGAAGGAAGAUUUUGAAGAAAAUCAACGAUGGAGCAAAAUUGUUUGCUAUGAGACGUUGUCAUGUAAUUCUGGUAUGCUUUGUCUUGACUGGAGAAAUAUAUGUGAUAGACAACAACAAUGUAUGAAUGGAUUGGAUGAAGAAAAUUGUGAUAAAUUAGAAUUUAAUGAAUGUGAAGAAGAUGAAUACAGAUGCGGAAAUGGAAUGUGUAUCAAUGAAAUUUAUUUCUUAGACGCUUGGACAAUGCCAAGUGGUAUGUGUGAAUUUGAACCAGGUUAUGAUGAUCCACGCUUUAAUAUAACAACAUUAAAUGUCAAAUCCAUCGAAGCAUGUUCCUAUCUAUUGAGAUGUGCUUUGACAAGUGGUUUUGAACGUGAUUGUCCAUGCGUCUAUUCACGUUCAGAACAACUUUUAAAACACAAACAAGAACGGUAUUUUAAUCAAACAGAUAUUAGUAAUAACCAUCCAUAUUCUGUACGUUUUGAAGCAUUUGAAUUAACACAUAACGAAACAAAAGCAUUAGUCGCAUGGAACUAUCCGAUUUAUUUUGAUUAUUUACCCUCGUUUCGCUUGGCUACUCCUCUAAAGUUUCCUGAAACAUAUUUAAGCCGAAGUCAUCAUCCAUGUAUCAAUAUCACAUGUAAUUCAAAUUCAAUUUGUAUACCAUUCUUUAACAAUCGAAAAUGGUCAUAUUUAUGUUCCUUUGUGCAAUAUUAUGAUGCUGAUAAUAUCACUCUUAAUCUAAUUCUUCGCCAACAACAACUAUUUAUUGGAACUCCAUCGCAUAUUCAUUUUCGUCAUACUCAAAUCGAAGCACCUGUUCUUGGCAUUCUAAAGCUUCAUGUUAGUUUAACAAGUACAAAUUAUUAUAUUCUUUAUGUCCAACCUCACACAUCUGUUAUUAAUAUUACAUCAGCACCUGAAUAUUGUCCACAUGCUUCGUUACUAUUUCAAAAAAAUGAUGAUGUACCACUUGUUUUCAAAUAUCAUCGGAUUUGUCAGAAUAAUUCAUUUCAAUUAUGUUUUUAUGAUUCGACUUAUUUCUGUAUGUGUCAAGGCAGUCAUAUGCAAGCUUACUGUUUUAAUUAUGAUCCUUUUCUUGAUCGAUGUGACUCUUGCUUGUCUAGUGGAAAAUGUGUUCGAGGAGAUCCUCAAGAUUCUAAUGAUUUCAGUUGUUUAUGUCCUUAUUGCCACAGUGGUCGUCUAUGUGAAUUCAGCAUGCAACCUUUUACCUUUACUUUGGAUUCAUUAUUAGCAUUUGAUAGUAUUUUCGUGCAACUUGUGUAUAUUAUUAUAGCUUUGGUUAUUGUUAUUACCGGUUUUUUGAAUAAUUUUCUUUCAUUUGUUACUUUUCGACGUCCCGAACCACGCAAGACAAGUGUUGCCUUCUUAUCAAAUUUAUACAUAUAUUAUUGGGAUCCUCAAUUGGAUGGAGUAAUGAUGCAUCAUGCAAAGUAA